AUGGAAGUAUUCGGAGGCUCUGCUUCUACUUCGGCUUCGUUAUCUCCAUCGUUUGGAGUUUACGAUGUCCACAGAAACGCUAAUUUCUCUCCCAAGGUGCUGCCCUGGAAUUCCCUAUUUGUGAUGACCAUAGAAAUUCGAUUACGAAGUUCCCUCUCUUUUAUAAGCAAGAAAUCCAUUGACCGACCAGGACGUUGUUACCCAUUUUGCUACAUAAAAGGAGAUUACACACACAGAUUCUUUAUCCAGUCGGAUUGGAUGCAAAAUAAAAGAUAUAUAUCUCAGCGUGGUUGGCUUUUGAUCAGGAAAUCUACGUCCAGUUUUCAGAAUGCAGUGAAAGGUUUUGAAAACUUCAAAAAUACCAUCCCCGUUCUUUUUGUACGGCUUGUUGUUGGAGUAUUGCUGUUUACAACAUUUAGUAUUGCUGUUAGCCAAACUCCUUCCUUGGCCCUCAGUGAAGAGAAUCUCCUUUUCUUGGAGGCUUGGAGAACAAUUGACCGUGCAUACGUUGACAAAACUUUCAAUGGUCAAAGUUGGUUUAGGUACAGGGAAAAUGCACUGCGCAAUGAACCAAUGACUACACGAGAAGAGACAUAUGUGGCGAUAAGGAAGAUGCUUGCUACUCUAGAUGACCCUUUCACCCGGUUUUUGGAGCCUGAAAAGUUUAAGAGUCUGCGGUCAGGAACACAAAGUGCUGUUACGGGAGUAGGUUUGUCAAUUGGCUAUCCCACAGGAAAUGAUGGAUCUACAGCUGGACUGGUGGUGAUUUCAGCUGCUCAAGGAGGCCCUGCGAAUAGGGCUGGCAUUUCAUCUGGGGACGUAAUUCUGGCAAUUGACGAUACGAGUACAGAAGUGAUGGGCAUAUACGAUGCUGCGGAACGCUUGCAAAAAGAAAUUAUGAAAUGCAGGGGACCCGAAGGAAGUGCAGUGGAACUCACAGUUCGUAGUGGACCCUUGAUAAGGCACCUAUCUUUGACAAGAGAGAAAGUUUCAUUGAAUCCAGUAAAGUCAAGAAUCUGCGAGACACCUGGUUUGGGGAAAGAUGCCCCCAGAAUAGGAUACAUCAAACUUACUUCAUUCAACCAAAAUGCCUCUGGUGCUGUAAAAGAGGCAAUUGAAACUUUAAGGAGAAACAACGUUGAUGCCUUUGUGUUAGACCUUCGAGAUAAUAGUGGUGGUCUUUUCCCUGAAGGAAUUGAGAUUGCCAAGAUUUGGUUGGACAAGGGUGUUAUUGUGUACAUUUGUGACAGUCAUGGUGUUCGUGAUAUAUAUGACACAGAUGGAAGCAAUGCAAUAGCAGCUUCAGAACCCCUAGCUGUGCUGGUGAACAAAGGAACUGCAAGUGCAAGCGAAAUUUUAGCUGGUGCAUUGAAAGACAACAAACGUGCAGUGCUGCUAGGAGAACCCACAUUUGGGAAAGGCAAGAUUCAGUCAGUUUUUCAGCUAUCCGAUGGCUCUGGCUUGGCUGUUACAGUUGCUCGUUAUGAGACACCUGCUCACACUGAUAUUGACAAGGUUGGCGUAAUCCCUGACCAUCCUCUACCUGCAUCGUUUCCUAAGGAUGACGAGAGUUUUUGCGGCUGCAUCCAGAACAGUGCAUCCGCUUGCUAUCUCAACAGAAUUGAGCUGUUUUCUAGAUGAGAGUUCUUUACAAUAUGUAAAUUUACUUUCUUUUUAGGGAUCAUCAUUCUUUCACUGGAGCGAGUAAACAAGCACGGGCAAGCACCCAAUAGGUGUGCAAAUAGAAAAGGAGAAAAAUUAAUAUCUUCCACUAUAUGUUUAUGGUUGUUGAUUAAAAGAAAAUUUCAAUGUGAAUUACAUCUAGUUGCAAGUAUUCUCACCAUAUAUGUU